GUGCCGUCAUCCGGGAGCUACCGCCAGUUUGAGUCUAGUGAUUUGUGGGUUCGGAUUAGCCUCUGUGGUUUGAAAAAUAGGUGGACAAUUUAGUGAAAAAUUAUACCAACUACGCUUUGGAAAUGAGUUCGAAUCAUGCUAAUCUAGUUUUAUUGUGCAUUGGAUUGUGCCUGGUAGUGGGAUUCUACAAUGUGCAAGGAGCAGUGAUUCGUGAAAAACGACAACUAAAUUCACUUUUGAAUCUUAGUGGAGAAUCGAACGCGCGAAUUGAAAAUGGUACCAUAAUCUGUGACACCCUGACCUGUCCGCCGGCAUCGUUCAAGUGUAUCAUCGUCAAAAACAACACCAAGAAUGACAUCAACACGAUUGAGGUGACCCGCGAGUGCCUUGACCCGGCUGGCAAGGCAACUGCCAAAACGGUGGACCGUGAGCCAAACAAAACCGGUGGACAAUUCGAAAGCUAUGCGGAAAUUGAUAAGAACGGAAACAUAGCUUCUUUCGAUAACCGAGGCAAUUCAUUCAAUCACUCCGGCAGUGGCGAUGUGCACUCUUACCUGUACCAACACAUCGAGGAUUUGCAUAAGGCAAUUUUGGAUCAGCUGCAGAAUGCCGGACCCGGUACGCCACUGCGGAUUCCGUGAGAAGUGCACAUUAAUUCAGUGAAACUCCGUUAGAUUAGAUUAAACAUAGAGCAUUUACAACGAGUACUUGAAGGUUAAGCCCGAUUCCGCAUUGGAAACCGCUUCCGAAUGCAUUUUCAAUACCCGUGUGAAAUGUUUACUUCGGAAGUUCUGUUUGAGCGACACGUGGGAAUAUUCUCACGGGCUUGACCAACAAUCAUGUAGUCGGAAAGUAUAUUAGAUCGGAACAUGCGUCACAACAAUUAUUUUGUCAAUCAAUUGACUGAAUUCAGUAACGGAUGUUCUUAUCACGCGAAUCGAUGUAAAAUAAGCUAAAUGUGAUAUGUAGAUGCAUAAAUUGGAGCUGAAUGUUAACAUUA